AUGGACCUUUUACGUAACCACUCUCCAGAAGAGGAGAUUAACAUCUUCGAGCUUUGUUUAACCAGCAGACUCAAUGAGCUCUACAAGGCAAUUGGCGCUGGCUGGCUUGGGGACAACUUUGCUUCCAGCACCUCAGGGACGAAUUCAAAUUCAUCAACUGUUUCAUCUACUUCCGUUGUUAACACCGCUCCUUCCUCCACCCAAUUAACAGCAGCUACCUCCGUUAACUGCCCCUCGGUUUCUGGGCCUUCUAAUGCGAUAGAACGAGGGCUAAGUUUUUCUCUUAGCUUCUUUGGUAGCAACACAAAUAUCGUUUCUACUAGUCAGUCGCCGAUGCUUUCACGAGUAUCUUCUGCUACUUCUUCGGCCACAGUAAUGAGCCCUUCGAUUUACCCCAUAUGUGCUCCUCAAUCUGAAUCAGCGGGACUGAUAUCUUCGAACCCGACAGCGGCCGCAUUUUGGCUGGCAUCAGCUACUGCUUCAACUGCAGGCAUAACUCGGGACCAAGUUGGACAAGCCAUUGUCACGGCGCUCGUUAGUGUACAUCGUUAUUUUGCAGCAUCCUCAAAUUCAGAUUCAUUACGCAACGGUGGAGCUUCCAGUUAUGGAAUCGGAGCAGGAACAGGCCGGAGUGCAUUGGUUGCCUCUGUUAUUGAGCCAGGUCUACAUUCCUGUGACGGGUUGGUCAGUGGCCUUGGCCAGUCUAUCCGACGCAGUCUUAUCAUGCGGUAUGCCAAGUGA